UUGUGUGACAUUUAAUAAUUUUUUCUGGUGCAAUCAAGGCCGGUGGAGUUAAACGAGUGAAACUAACGAGCUGUAUUUUCCUUCGUUUAAGAAAGAAUCCUCAUUCGAUAAUUUUUUUUGAAAGGAGAUGGCAUCAGUUCCACGCGCUGCACUAAGAUUGUACGUUGGAGGUCUACCUUGGACUGUCGGACACACUGAGUUGAGAGACUUCUUUAAAGGCUUUGGUCGCGUAAUUUCAUCGAGUGUUCAAUAUAAUAAGAAGACUGGAUGUUCAAAAGGUUUUGCAUUUGUUUUGUUAGAAAACGACGGUCAAGUUUUGCAAAAAUUGGGAAAUAACAGUCUUGUGCUAGAGGGUGCGACUUUAGAUGUUCAGCUUGAACGCCAAGAAUAAACACAACUGCAACGACUGUCUAACUUGAUUUAAUAGUUGCUCGUUUAGUUUAAAAUUAGUUUUAGUUUUUGUUAUUACUAUUAAGUAAGGGAAAUAUGUCCAUCAGUUCGGAAUUUGGAGAGGAUUUAUCCGAAAUAGAACCAAAGUUUGAUCGCGCCGCAACGUAUCUACAAAGCAUUGUUUCCGAAUUGGAUCAAAAAACUUUACUAUCAUUUUAUGGACUGUACAAGCAGGCAACGGUCGGUCCGUGUAACACUCCCAAGCCAGGAAUUUUCAAUUUGCAAGCUAAAGCAAAGUGGAAUGCGUGGAAUGAGCUAAGCAAUACGCCCAAAGACGUUGCCAUGGGUCGAUAUGUUGACGAUAUGGAACAGCUGCGCCCAAAUUGGGAUGCAAACAACAAAAGCCGAUCGAAAGAUCAAUGGGUUUCAGUGUCAACGUUUCAAAUGGAUGGUGACGAUUUGGUGGAAUUGGCAGAAAAGUCCCAUUUUGACUUUGUGAAGGAAGGCGAUUUGGAGAAUUUAUCAAAAUGUCAGUCGAUCGGGUCAAAUUUGAAUACACUUGAUGAAGAUGGUCUCGGUCUAAUCCAUUGGGCGGCUGAUCGUGGUAAUACGUCAAUCUUACAAUUUCUACUGAAUAGCGGCAUUGACAUAAAUAUGGUUGAUUCUGACGGACAGACUGCUUUGCAUUACGCAUCGUCCUGUGGGCAUUUAGAAUGUGUACAAUUAUUGCUUAAAUUCGGGGCCGAUCGCACGAUCAAAGAUAAUCAAUCCCAAUGUUGUUUGGAUGUUGCUGAGAAUACAUCGGUUGCUGAUCUAUUGCGAAACUAAUAAAUAUUUUCACUUUGUAAA